UACAUCCAUGAUUUGCUUUUGUUUCUCUACUGUUUUUGUUUGUCCAUGUUACCAUAGACAUAACACAAUCCAUAAUUCAAAUCAACAUAGUAACAUAUAAACAAUCAUUGGUUUAUAUUAAUUAACAAACAAAAAAAAUUUCAAAACAAAACGGACAAAAAAUAAUAGUUGAAAAUAUAUUGUGAAAAUAACAACAAAAAAAAACCUACAACACAUAGAUACGCGGUUGUCAUCCCAAAACAACAACAAACAUCCGUUAUUUUUUUGUUUUGUUUUGUUCGUAUUCAAUGAAUGUUUGUGUGUGUGUGUGUGUGUGUGUGUGAAACGAACCGCGAACAACAUCAAAUUCAUUUUGAAUAUAACUACCUGAAUUUUAAAAAAAAAAUCAUCACGUACAUUAUUAUAUAACGGAUAACCGUGUUGACCAUAUAUCCAUAUCCAUUGUUUUUUUGUUGUUGUUGUUUUAUUUUGCUCCAUUAUCAUCAUUAUCAUCAGCAUUUUUUUUUUUUGAUUUGAUGGGCGUAUAUGUGAUUUGUACGUUAACACAGAAAAUAAUCGAUGCGCCUAACUCGACCCAAAUAAAAUAAAAAUUUCAAAUCAAACUUGAAAACAAUCGAUAAAAUAAUAUUGGUUGUAUUUGUUGAUUAAUCUAAUCAAGUUAUUGUUGAUAUGUUUGAAAAAAUUGCCAUAUAAAAUGUUCAGACAACAACCCAGACAAACAACAACAACAAUGUCAACUUUGAUUUUAUAUAAUGCUAGACUAUGUCUUAGCAUUUUAAUGGUGUCCAUUUUUACUAUUCAAUCAAUUGGCUGUUCACAUCAAUCGAUACAUCUAGAUCAGACGGGCAAUUAUCAUGGAUUGAUUAUUGGUUUUGGUAAUAAUUUUCAAUCAUUUGAACAACCAAAUAUUAACACUACAAUCGUGUCGAUUAUGAAUCAAUUACAACGAACAUCAUCCAUAUUGAAAGAAUUAAUGUCGGUACAGAUAGCUGAUGUAACAAUCAUUCUACCCGAUCAAUGGCAUAUCGAUGUAAAUGAAUUACAACAAUCAACAUCAAUGCAAUUUGAUUUACGAGAAUCACGUGGACAAUAUCGAUCAUUAGCCGAUGCAGAUAUUUUAUAUACAAAUGAUGAUAAAAAUCAGAUAUUAACUAUGCAAUAUGGAGAUUGUGGUGAAGGUGGAAUGGCCAUCAAUUUUCCAAUGCAAUAUGUUUCGGAUGAAUAUUCGGCUCGUUUAUUGGCUCAUCAAUGGAUUCUUUAUAGAUAUGGUGUAUUCAAUGAAUUUGGUCUAGAAGAUGAUUAUAAUUAUCCUGUUUACUAUACUGCACCUGAUGGUGGUAUUCGUCAUGGUGAUGUACGGCCAAAUAUUAAUUCAUGUUUUCAGGGUUCGAACGCUCAGUUCAAAUAUUCAAAUAAUUGUAAUAAUGCUACCGAUCCAAAUACUGGUCGACCAAUUAAUCCAAAUUGUGAUGUAAUACCGGCAAAAAAUUCGAUUCAAUCAUCAUUUAUGUAUGCACCGAUUGCUGUAUCAGAAUAUCGACUAUGUAAUUCUAGUACACAUGAUUAUCAAUCACCAACAAAACAUAAUGUUUUAUGCGAUUAUCAAUCCAUUCAGGAUGUCAUUGCUAAACAUACUGAUUUUGAAAGAUUUAAACCCAAAUUUGACCGACAAAAUAUCGAUUCGAAUUCAUCAAUUCCAUUGAUUAGAUUCCAGAUUUUACAAAACAAAAAUGUCCUGCAUGAUGAACAUUCAGUAAAAGCUAAUGUUCUUUAUGCUUUGCCAAGACAUGGAUCGAAAUUCUUGGAAACAUCAAUGGAUACAAUCAAAAAAAUGGCCAUACAAGGAUUUUUUCCACAUCAGGCAUUAUUUGCUCUUUAUGAUGAUGAUCAAUUACAAGUAGUUUCUGGAUGGCGUCCAUCAUCACAAUUAUCGAUGAUCUUUUUCGAUGAUCAUCAAAAUGAACAUCGAAUAAAAUUAUUGCAUAUUUUUGAGCAAAUGUCCCAGCAUUUCGACCAAAUACCAGGAGCUGGAACUUGUGUACUAUUUUAUUCGGGUGAUAUGUUAUUGGAAAAUACUGAUAUUGAUUAUAUUGAAAAGUUGGCUGAUUUGUUGAAUCGGAAAAAUCUUCGAUUACAAGUAAUUCUUUAUGAUCUCCCUCCAAGCAAUGAAGUGUUACGUUUCUUCGAUCAACUUAAAUCCAAACUCAAUAGUCAUUCGGCUGUAGAUUAUGCAUUCAGCCAGAUGGAUAAUUCAUCACCUUCGAUUGUGGCCUUUAGAACGCAACUGACUUCGAUCAUUAACACUGUAUUGUUUGAUUUGUUACAGGUAUUGACCGAACAAAGUCAUUUGCUAAUUAAACGAGAAACAGUUCGUUCAGUUGAUCCAUCUGGUAUUGAUUUCACCGUUGAUACAACAAUCAGUCACAAUGAUUUGCUUAUUGAAAUGACCACUAAUGGUAAAGGAUCUGAUCUGGUAAUGGGUUUUAAUCUGAGCGAAGAUUUCCGAAACAUUAUACAAUUUCAAACGUUUGAACCAUAUGAAAGAAGCAUAGUAAUUCAUUAUCAAAUGAUCAAAGCCGGCAAAUUCCGUUUCAAUUAUCGAUCGAGCGAUCCAAACAGAUUUAUCACCAUAAGCGUUCGCGUUUUAUCCAAACAAAGUUUGUAUCAUUCGUAUAAAGAUGCCAUAUUAUCUGCUCGAUGUUGGAUUCAGGCUAGUCAAUCGAAUCCGCUUCGUGGCUAUGUUCAAGUGAGUCAAGGAUUAAACGGACCUGUCUAUGAUGCCGACGUGAGUUUUGCAGCACGUGCUAUUACCCGAACACAACAACGACAAGAAAUAACUCGACCAUCCAAUGAUAAUGGACGUGGUAAUCCGGAUAUUACAGCACACGAUGGAAUUUAUUCAGCCUAUCUGGAUUCGUUAUUUGUUGGUAAUGGCGAUGCAUAUGGAGCAGCCUAUACAAUUGUAGCAAAAAUUAGCGGUCACAAAAUAGCGAUCAAACCGGGUAAUUUUGGCAAUACAGUCAUGUUUAAUAGUAAAACUCGUUGUUGUGGUACCGAAGUGAAAACAAAUAGUGAUCUAAUCGAAUCAAAUUCAUUUGAAAGAAUUGUACAUUGUGGUUCAUUUUAUAAUAGUAUGCAAAACGAACAUCAUGGUGGUGGUAUGACCAAUUAUGCUAUACGUGAUCUACGGAUUGUCAAUUUGAAUGCUGAUAAUCGAUCAAUCGCUUUGGAAUGGAGUUCACCAUUCUACUAUACAAACGAUCAUAACAAACCGAUUAUCAUCAAAGCAUUUCAUUCGUAUAGUCGACAUUCAAAACUUCCACUUGAAAUCAAACAAGCUUUCGACAGAGAUCAGAAUGAAGCUGAAUUGCAAAUAAUUACCGAUGAUGAUGACGCUAAUAACCAUGAUGAUCAUAAUUAUUCUCAGCUCUCAGUUAUGACUAUAAACGAGCCACAGCAAACGUUUGAAAACGGACAAGCUCAUAUGAUGUUUGAUACAUUAUCAUCAUCGCAAGCUCCAUAUGCACGAUACGAAUCAUCAUCGCCAUCGUUUCCGCCAAACUCGUUUCGACCGACUUCUGCCAGCAACAGUAAUACGGUAGUGACCAAUUCAUUGAGACAAGUGACCAUACGCAUUCUAAGUCCAGAAGAAGGAUUCUAUUUGAUUGCUGUCAAAGAACGUAACGAUGAUAAUGAAUCGAAACCAUCAAACAUUGUUACCGUUUAUCUGAAAAGUAACGUACUAAUUGAAAAUACCACCGCUUUAGCAAAUGAUAAUAGUCGUUUGUCAGCUGGACCUUAUAGAGAAAGUGGUCGUGGUCGUGCUUUACCUUGGUUUCAGAUAUUGAUCAUCUGCAUAGCAUCGGCAUUUGUUCUAUUUAUCAUAAUCUUGAUUAUCAUUUGUCUUACUAUUCGCCGCUAUCGUCGUACAAAUAAAGAGACGCUUAAUAACGAUUACAAAUCUUCGGAUGGUGUCGUUUCGAAUGGUGGAACAAUCAUGAACGGUGAUAAUAAAGGCGAUACAAUGCCAACGAAUAAACAGUCAUUUUAUCUAACACAAGAUGGCAAUUCGCUCAUAUCGAAUUCGCUUAACGAUAACAACAGAAUGGCGCCAAACAGCGCAGCUAGCAAUCAUACUAGCUGUAGUUCGGUUAACACAACAGUCGAAAAUGGUACAACGAACCAUACUUCAUAUCUGGGUCAUAAUCACCAGAAUCAUCAAAUGCCAUCGCAUUCGAUCGAACGACAGCAGCAACCUGAACAAUCAGCUAUGAAAGAAUUAAACGUAACCACAUUAUUGCCCAAUUCAUGGGAUGCUAAAGAAUUGCUCGAUCAUUGGGGUCGAGUUCAAGAAGCCAAAUUACGACAAGAAUCACCUGCUAACGGUCAGUCGGGAAUGCAUUCAAAUUCCCCUAGUGUUCUUUCGUAUGGUGGCAGUUCUUCGGUCGAUAACUAUCACGGCCAACAACAAUCGCAUCAUGUUAAUAUUAGCUAUGCUUGUCAGCCAGCGAUUGUACAGUCAUCGUCAAACAUGGAUCAAUCGCAAUUUGGCAUUCCUUAUGGAAAUUCUUUAUCAGUUGAUUAUCCAAAUGGACCAUCACCUUCAUCAAUUUAUUCGCCAUAUUCUAAUGCCAGCAGUAUCUGGCAACAUCAACAACAGAAACAAUUACAACAACAACAAUUACAUCAGCCACAUUCUUAUUUGUCGCUACCACCACCGCCGCCUCUCCCACCAUCACUAUCAUCAUCUUCACACAUUGCCCAAGCAAUUAAUCUGGAUGAUAAUGGUCUUCCCGAAUAUAGUGUGGUCAGGAAAAUCAUUUCGGCCAACAUAUCUCAAGUGUAAAAUCAAGUCAAGUCAAUUGUUACAUUUGUAGCAAAAUUUUGUACAAUCAAUCCCAUUGUAAAUAAAUUUACCUUACUCUCUUUUUAACAUCAUCAUCA